AUGGCACGAUGGAAUGCGAAAAAAAGGGGAAGAAAGAAAGGAGGACGAGGUGGGUUACUAGGAUUCUGGAGAGAUUCUGGAGGAUUCAGAAGAUUCUUGCAUUGCAGUAUUUGGAAUCAGGAGAUGCUGAAGAAGACGAGGAAGAUGGGAAGGGAAACCAAGUACACCGGUAUCGCCGCAAUGUUGGCACCACUCAACUGUCCGAUUCCAUCGAGUUCAGAUGAGGAAGAGGAGGACGAUGCGAAAAAGGAAGAAGAAGAAGAUGAGCUACACAAGAAAUCAAAGAAAGAAGAAGAUGUUCCAGAGAAAAAGGUUAAAGAAGAGGAAAAGGAAGAACCAAAGGAGGACAAGGAGAAGGAAAACGCCUCAGAACCACCUGAAAAGUGA